CGAUCGCUAAUUUAUGUGAGAUGUGGCUUGCACGUGCCUCGUCGUUAUUACAAAUCUUAUUUGUUUUGUAUUAACAAUCUUAUAUGUCAUAAAUUAUACGCAUUAUAUACAUCCAUAAAAAUACUUUGAAAACUUGUUUGUACUAACCAGUAAAGAUCUUCACGGAAUAUGUCUGAAAACAUGUGUGAUGAAAUUUUGUUCAAAGAUUAUUAUAAAGCUGAAAACACAGAUGAUGAAGAAAAUAACAAUGACUUAUUGGCUCAAUUGUAUGCUGAAAUUUAUUAUCCUUCAAACCAUGAGAUUGAGUUAGGAGCCAAUAUUUUAUCAAACGCUGUACCACUAUCUAAUUGCAUUGUCACUGAGUUAAAUAAGCAAGAAAAUAUACAGCAUAGGUUCAACAAAAAAGGGAUUUCAGAACUUGAAGUCACUAGAGGACAAGAGGAACCAGUUGCUAAAGUGUCUACUCAGACUAACAAAAACAAUUUAGCUAAUCAAGAAAUAGAUAAUACUGCAGAAAAAAAGAAGAGUAAGAAGAAUUCUUCCAAAAAGCACAAUUCUCCCAAACUGCUAAAGAAUAAGCACCGGGAGAAGUCACAGAAAGAAAAUAUUGUUUCGAGCGACGAAUCAGAUAUGGACAGCAAAUACAAUGUUUUACAGAAGAAUAUGAAGCAAGAGAAGCUUAUGUCAAGGAAAAGGCAAAAUGAAACUUCGGAGGAUUCUGACUCUGAGUCUGUCUUGGAAGUGCCACUACCACCGAAACCAAAACCACUUCUCAUCAAUUUGCGAGACUCUGACGAUGAAGACGCUGGAAGUUCGAUAGACGAGGAUGACUUGCUCGAGGGAAGAUUGCACGAUAAAAAUGCGUUCAAGAAUAGCUCAGGAGUCUUCAAUUUUAGAGCCUCUUCAUCUAGCUCUUCAUCUAGUCCCGAAGUGGAAAUUAUAGAAGUGAUGCCCAAUCGUCAAGAUACAAUCGCCAUAAGUAACACUGCCGAUGAGUCUUCGCAAAACAAUAAUAUAUCGGUUACGACGAACGACAAGAGCACACGCGCGCAUGAAUUUAACGAUGACAUUGUUCUGAACUGUACCAUUAUUCAAAAAGGUGCCAGAAGUAUCGACGAAAUCAAGCAGUUGUCCAAGAGUGUGGAGCAAAAUAAGAUAGGCACGUCGCCCGAAGAUACAAGCAAAUAUUCGAAAAAGAGAUCAUCACAGAAUACGCCCAGAGACGACAGAGCGGACGAUACCUGCACAUUUCAAGAACCAUGGACGUCACCGGAUAGAGGAGAAAAAUCCGAGAAGCAGACGAAAAAGACGCGGCAGAACACUAAUAUCAAUGAAACCGAUAAAAAUAUUAGAGAUAAUAUCAAAUAUAAUCUAAAAAAUAAGGUGCAAAGCGUGGAAGAUACAUCGUUAGAGAUGUCAUAUGGCAUCAAUAAUGAUCCAGUGGUGAGUCGAAAGAGACACAGUGAAGGCAACAACGGCGAAGGCGGAGAAGAUGGAGUAGCGGAGAACAACAGCCCCGUGCAAAAGCGACAGUGCACCGUUCAGCAGAGUGAUCAACUGAAUGUUGCAUCGACAUCACAGAGCAGCGGGAAGAGAAUAAGAAAUCCUAUAAUUUCAGAUUUUCAUAAGCUUCCUAAACUAGGAAGCUAUUGGACCAAGUUUUUCGUACCGCUGCCGGAGGUAGUGAAGAACUUCUACAAUGACUCGCGUGGCCAGAACUUCUACAAUGACUCGCGUGGCCAGAACUUCUACAAUGACCCGCGUGGCCAGAACUUCUCCAAUGACUCGCUUGGCCAGAACUUUGAUAUCCACGAACUCCAAAGCGGUAUGUCGAAGGAUCCGAAGUUGUGGGCGAUCCUGGACGAGGACUUGAUGCCCUGUCCUGCGAUCAAGCGGGGCAGAUAUUGGAGUAGAUGCUCUUCUUGUCAACGAGACGGUCACCAACGCAAAGAUUGUCCGGAACAGCGUGCUAAAGUAGAAUGUUGUCACAUGUGUGGCGUACGAGGCCACGUCACAUGGCGUUGCCCGCAACGGCAAUGCCUGACCUGUGGUAAGAAGCAGGACACCUACCGCAAAACAUGCGAAUAUUGCCGCACUUUGUACUGCACAAUGUGCUGCUCGGUGGGACACAAGAAGGAGUACUGUCCCGAUCUUUGGCGACGAUAUCAUCAGGUAACGAGAGAGGUCAGUCGUUUGCCGCGGAAUCCAGGUAACGUAAUGAAACCGGCGAGCCAGUUGCACUGCUGCAACUGCUCCAAGCGCGGCCACGAGUUUUCCACGUGCAAUGAGUAUCGAUGGUCCGCGCAUUUUCGCACUUCGCCAUUCGUGACGAAUUACACGGAGGGGCCCUGUUACGAGCUGGAAAUCGGCCCAGAGAGAACCCCCGUGAUCGACAAGACCGUGGAAAUUUUACCGUACAGAUUGAAAAACAAAGGAACAUUGAACCAGCAGAUACAAGAGGACAUGUCAGUAGCAGAAGUGCAAGCGGAGCCAUUUCCAGACGUAAAUGCCCCAUCGUCAUCGACUAGUGCGCAAACCAACGAGAAAGUGUAUACGCAGGAGUACCCAGAGGAACAAGUAAUGAUGAUAUCGGAAGCCACUGUGUUAAACUUUGCUAAUGUUAUCUAUUGCUGUGGAAACUAUCGCAAUAAGAAAGAUUCCGACGCGCGAGUGUUGGUGAGUAAUCUUUCUCAACAUAAGACGUUGAGUUCGGCCGGAAAGAACUUCGUGCAAAGUAAAUUCUCGAACGGCACCGUCAUCCCGGCCUUCCUCAGGAAGUUGCGGAAGGCAGCACAUUUUGAGAUGACGAUAGGUCUGUUAGCCAGUAAGUCUGAAGUAAUGGUGCAGCUGAUGGCAUCGAAAGAGUGUGUCUGCUUGUUAUUCUAUCUGUUACUUCACUGGUUGGACCUACCGAUUAACGAGAAGCAGCAUGGGAUAGACGUGAAUUUACCCAUGCAAUCUGACCUAAUGUGGCACUUUCUCACAAAUCUAGACUUGCAGCGCAAAGAGAUAAAAGAUCCGUUCAGGCUCAUGAAUGUAGUGAACAUUUUCAAGCACAAGAUGCUUAAUAUGCCCAAAAACAAGGAAUAUUUUCAUAACCAAAUGUGUAUGUGGGAUGCGCAAACAAAACUUCUCACGUACAUCAACACCCAUCCGGAGCCGAGUUCUCACGUUCGCAAGAUCUUGUCAUACAUAGAGAUGUUAAAGUGCUCGGAAAAUAGCAACCAUCAACUCGAUGCCGCCACUUAUCUUGAUAUUCUUUUAAGUUACAAUAAUAUAUACACACCUCACACACCGCCGAAGUUACGAGUUACAUUACAACGCAUAAUGGAACAAAUUCAAAACUUGGAAAAAACAUCAGAUUUCACAGAAGAUCAAUUUCCCUCAGAUGCUGACGCAAACUCGGUAUCAUUUGCGACGUCGUCUUUUUACAUGUCGCAGGAAAUCGACACGAUUGCAAAUCCCUCCACGACUACUAACGUUCAGGAUAUGCUUCACGAUACGUCAUGUGUCAUUCAGAUGAACAAUUCUGAUGAUAUUUAUCAGCCAGGAACUAGUAAUACAGUGAAAAAUCGUAUGCAAUAUCCUCAGAAUAUUUCAUCGUUUCAUAAUGAGCCGGUAUCAAUUCAAUCGAUAAAUUUGGAAAGAGAAGAUGAUAAAGAUAAUGGAGUAAACAUGAACACUAACGUACCGGCGACCAAGACAAGUAUAAAUACAACAGAUACGAAUAAUCAAAGUAACAACCAAAAACCUCCGACGCGGAAGAUGCGGAAUAAAGCAUCGACUGUAGAACAGAGACUGUUAAAGGAGAAUUUGUUAUGCAAGCAAGCAAGGAAACUUGCACGUCAGGCCUAUGCGUUUGAAAUACCUUAUAUGGUGAAAGCAGCGGAAGAUCUACAGAGAAAAAUAAAAAAUAAGACACUUAAUAAGAAACACCUUCAAACGAUGAGAAAAAUGAUAAGUAUGGAGAGCAAGCAUCGGAAGCAAAUUAAAAAUUGUUACAGUCACUUGAAUUGACAUUUCUUUUGCGCAUUUGUUUAUUGAAAUUGUGUAAUAUUUUAUAAUUUAUCUGUACUCUUAUAAGUUGAUAUGUGUACGAAAACAUUCUUUCGUUAGAGAUGUUUUUAAAUAACUACGUUGUACUGGGAAAAUUACCUUUGAUACUUUCAUUGAUAAAAUUAUUAUUAUAAAUCUGUCAAAGUAUAACCAGUAUAAUUCUGUAAGAUCGUCACAAAUACAACAUAUUCACCAAAUUCAUCACACUCAUCACACGGAAGUUCCUUUGCGACAAUUUAUUGUCUAUGCGCGUUCAUUCGACAACAGCGAAAUUGUGAAAUACUUUGUAAUAAUUUUAUGUAUGUAUGCGUAAUCCUUGAAAGACCAUUGAAGAUGUCGUUAAAUAAAUAUGUGUUGAGGGAGUGAUAAA